CGCAUUCCAUUGACAAUAAAAAGUCUGAGCUGCCGUGAAGCGUCCGUCCCAUUCCUUUGGCUAAAAAGCUACAGUCCUCGACAGAUUCACAUAUUGUCUAGCGAGAUAGUCCGAUACCUGUGCUGUGCUGUUACAGAAGCCUCUUGCUGUUUCGUUAUCGCAUCCGCAAAAGGCUGUCCCGCAACGCAAUCGUUUCGAACUGACUGUUGGGCAUGGGGGACGCCAACAACGAUGAGCUCGUUUCGCACUUCAUGGCCGUUACGGGAAUCGCGGAUGCGGAUAAGGCUACCAGCUAUCUAGAAAUGAGUGGAGGUGACUUGGAGACAGCUGUUGGUCUCUACAUGGAGCAUGAGCAAACAGCUGGCGCCGCGAGCGGUACAGCAGCCAGCGGCCUGGCGCUGCAGGACCAGAUCCGUGCUCCCGAUGCGACACGUACAAUGAGACUCAUGGAUGAUGGACCUUCAAACCCUAUGUUGGGAGGACAUACCAUGAUGGGGAUGAUGGGUGGAAUCGAUCCGGCGAUUAGACUUAUGAAUGAUAUGAUGGAAGAACAGCUCGCGCAAACGGCAUUCUCCGCUGCUCCGAGGGCAAUUGAUGCGAGAGCCGCUGUCAACGCUGCUGCUGCAGAAACCCUGGACGACGACGGAGAAUACGUCAUGGAAGAUGAUGACGACGACGAUGUGCAGGUGCUCUCUGGGCCGCAGAUACCGGCACGAUUGUCUGACUUGUUUGCGGCGCCCACGGAAAUUCUUUUCAAGAACGGAGGUUUUCAAAAUGCACGGACUACAGCCAAGGACUCGCGCCGCUGGCUAUUAGUAAAUAUUCAGCGAGAUGCUGAGUUUGCAAGUCACGCCCUUAAUCGCGACGUUUGGCGGGAUGAACUUGUAGAAAACCUCGUUCGAGAAGGUUUCAUCUUUUGGCAAACUAUGGAUCAAACGGCGGAAGGUCGCACUUACACAGAACGCUACCAGGUACACGAUUUCCCACACAUUGGUAUCGUAGAUCCAAGAACUGGACGUUUGCUGUGGCGCAAGGAGGGUUGGACACAGGCAAAUCCCAUGACGGCUGAACUGUUUGCGGAAAUGGCUAUGGAUUUCUGCUCCCGAAAUUCAUUCGAUCGAGCACCGCAAGCCCCGCGCCCAUCGGGAGCCCGAGUACCCAAACGUCCAAUGCAACAAAUGUCUGAAGACGAGCAAUUGCAAGCCGCCAUGCGUGCUAGUAUGGGUGAUGUUGUAGCGGACGAGGACAAAAAAGAGGAAGAUGGAGACAGCGAUGAAGAGAUUGAGUAUAUUGCUCCCGAUACGGAGGAGUCCAAACCUGCGGCUAUUAAGUCACCUCCUUCGAUGAGUACCGAUCUCAUCGGCAUGGACGUUGGACAAGAGCCACCUUCCGGAGCAAGGAUUCAACUUCGUAUGCCCGACGGAAAACGUGUAGUUCGGAAGUUUCCAGGCGACAGUCUUGUGAAAAUUGUUUAUGCGUUCGUUGCGCAAUCAAAUGAGGAGGCGCGCGGUGGUCGAGAAUUUGUCCUUAUGGCCGGUUUUCCACCCAGUGAUUUGAUAGAUGAAUGCGAAAAGACGAUCGAUGAGUACACCAUAAAUGAUGACAGCCUGCUUGAAGCCUGGAAAGGGACUUUUCCACAAAUCUUUAAAGAUGGGGAGAUUCCUCCACGCGUCUUGACCUUGGAACACCAUGAUAUGAAUCUACUAAAGCAAAUAUGGGUGAACUUAAGUAAGAGCGAGAAAAUUGUCAGUUUUGUCGUUCAAGAAUGGGCCGAACAAAUCCGUGACCGCAUGAAACCCACGCGAUGCUUUCUCAGAAUUUGCUUUGUGUUUAAAAGCGCGAAUAGUCGAGGCUACACUUUCCUUGUCAUUUCUAUUCUGCAUCCCGACUCUAAGCCACACUUCAGUUCGUACCUGCUAAUCAACACGGAACAGACCACCGACACUGAACUUCGUUGCUCUAGACUGACACUGUAUCGCGUUUGCUGCCCUCGCAUGCUGGCCAAACUGUGUCCCAGAAUGCCGUAUCAAGGUUUGACGGAUGUGUACAGAGGUUGUCGACUGUACUCUUCCAUCAAUGUUCGACGUAUUCUCAUUUUUGACACGUCAGCAGAACUUCCCGGCAGUCCCGCCUUAUAG